AAAUACUAUUAUUAUUUUAUAAAUACUAUUGUUAUUAGUAGUUUUUUGUAAAAACUAUUAUUAUUAUUGUUGCUAACUUAUGGUCCAACACUAGAUGGAAGUGUUUCCUUGUUUGUUUCUCCACUGGAUUUAAAUAAAGUUAAAAUAAAAAAAACGUCCCGUGAUGCAUUGCGGGCUCCGUUGCCAGGAUACAGCUCUCAGUGGCUCGUUAUCUCAACUUUAGAAACAGAACGAGUCUUUGUUUCAUCCGGUAAACCGUCGGUGAAGUCCUCCGGUUUGCUGGUUUCUGAUGCUCGUCGGUAACCGGAACAAGAACCUACAACGCGAAACCGGAGGGUCCCAUGGAGCGAGCCGAGCGGGAGAGAGACGCCAGCCUGCUGAAGAACCAGCCGUACGACGAGAGCCUGGAGGUGUUGGACCCGGAGGAGGUGCACAGCCCGCAGUCGGAGUCCACGAGGAGCAGGAGGGGGCGUGGCCUGAUAUCGACCAACAGCGACGAUUUUGACGAGGACCGCGCUCCUCAGCCGACGAGCGAGGAAGAGGAGGAGGAGGAAGAAGAAGAGGAGGUCUCUGAUGAAGAGGAUUCUGAUGAAGACGAGGAUCCCUGUGAGGCUCCCGAGGGGGUGUACGACCCCGCGGACUACGCCAACCUGCCCGUCAGCACCGAGAUCAAGGAGCUGUUCCAGUACAUCACACGCUACAGCCCCCAGGCCCUGGAGCUGGAUCACAGCCUGAAGCCCUUCAUCCCGGACUUCAUCCCAGCUGUAGGCGACAUCGACGCCUUCCUCAAGGUGCCGAGGCCGGACGGUAAAGCGGACGGUCUGGGUCUGAUGCUGCUGGACGAGCCCAGCGUGAAGCAGUCGGACCCCACAGUGAUGUCCCUGUGGCUCUCUGAGGAGAGCAAGCAGCAGGGGGCCACCGAGCUGAAGAAGGUGACCAGUGUCCCCAGUCCCCGGAGUAACCCCCGUGUGGUGGACAGCUGGGUGGACAGCAUCGGCGCUCUGCACCGCUCCAAACCUCCAACCAGUGUCCAGUUCGGGCGUUCGAUGCCGGACAUCGACAGCCUGAUGCAGGAGUGGUCCCCGGAGCUGGAGCAGCUGAUUGGACGCCUGCAGCUGCCGCCGGCUCGACUCCACUGCGGCGCCGCCCAGUACGCCGACACCGUCUGCGCCCUGCUGGACAUCCCGGUGUACGGCAGCCGGAUCCAGUCCCUGUACCUGCUGUUCAGCCUGUACCUGGAGUUCAGGGACUGGCACCCCCUCACCCAGAGGGACUAGGGGUGUGUGUGUGUGUGUGUGUGUGUACCCGUAUAUAUAUUAUAUAUAUU